AUGUUUAUUCUGCAAAAUUUUUGUGUAGGAACGAAGUAUGCCGUCGAUGCGUUUUCAUAUGGCUACGUGGAGACGAUUACCGCUUAUUUUCUGACGCAUUUCCACAGCGAUCAUUACGGCGGAUUAUGCAAGAGCUUCAAUAAACCACUUUACUGUACACGCAUCACGGCCAACUUGGUGAAACUGAAGAUUAAGGUCAGUCCUGAGUAUAUCAUCGUUUUGACAUUAAAUGAACCAACGUUGCUGGAAGAUUUGACGACUGUGACAGCGAUCGAUUCGAAUCAUUGUCCUGGUGCGGCGAUGUUCUUAUUCAAACUGAAGGACGGUCGUUUCAUUCUGCAUAGCGGUGAUACGCGGGCUGAAGACGUCGUACUAAAGUACGACUUGUGGAAGACUGUACAGGUCGAUACACUGUUUUUGGACACUACAUAUUGUGACAAAAAGUACAAAUUUCCACCACAGUCGCAAGCGAUUGCAGCCACCGUCGAGUGCGUUCGUGACCAUCUGGCCGCCAGUAACAACAAACUCUUGGUAGUAGUGGGCACUUACACAAUUGGAAAGGAAAAGGUUUUCCGGGCAAUAGCCGAAGAAUUCGAUUGGAAGAUUUGCGUUGAUGCGACGAAAUUGAAAGUGCUGCAUUGCCUUGAGGACAACGCACUGAACGCUCGCCUGACGAUGAACAAGUCAGAAACACCAUUGCACCUCAUAUUCAUGCAGUCAAUGGAUUUUCAGGUACCGUUGAUGUCUUCGUCAUUUCUCUAUCCCCCACUGAACUGA